AGAUCUUUUUAGCUUCUCAUUCCUGCCAGUUCUCCAUUUUAGAAGUAUUAGGGAUAUAGUGACUUGGGAAUCAAAAUGAACUUUGUAGGCUGCGGAUGAAUACAGUCAUGCCCUUCUUAGGUCAUUUCCUGGCCAAAAAAGAUCUGUCUGGAAAUGGUUAGGAUUUCUUCUAUGAUUUGUAUGGAUGUGUGCAUGGUUAGUGAAAGCAAAGAAUGUGGGGAAUCCUUUGCCCAUCCCUCAGAGAGUGGCUUCUUUAUGGAGGGUUUUUUCCCUGCGGACGAGGAGUGGUGCAGGGAGCUGGUAGCUCAGUACUUCCCACUCUGAGGCAUCUCGAAGCCCUUAACACUCCAGAUAUUAAAUGUCCUGCUGGACAUUGUGCCAGUUUGCAAAGAUUACACAAAAAAUGGGCUAUAGAUUAAAAAAUUAUGCAAGCUGUAUGACUUGCUGCAGACUGUAAAUUGUUCUUUAAAUGGAGGACAAUUAAUUCAGCAAGCCACUGCAAGAAGUGAGUGAAGCUAGAGUAAAUUUCUGAAAAGCUGUGUAUUUAAUGAUCAUAGAACAUUGCUUCUCUGUCUUAAUAUUCUUCUAACUUUGGUUCUGAGGCUUUUUGUCCUAUGAGGCAGUCACAGAGGUUUUUUUGUUGUUGGAAAAGGAAAGGGAAAACCUUCCUGCCCACAGCAGCUGGUUGAGAUUAGGACGGUUUCCUCCCUGAGGAGGGAGUGGGCAGAGAAAGGAGGAAGAAAUGAAUAAGAAGACUGAGGAGACAGUAAACAUCUCAAAGAAUAGCAAAUACUGCCAACUCUUUCCUUGGCCUUUCCUGGCAAGAGCUGGAAAACUGUCAGAAUGUAGGCCAGGAAGAGAAGAAUGCCUUGAAGAAAUGAUCGGGAAGCAAAACUUAGCUGGAAAUCUCUCCCUUGUGUGUUCUCCAACCCCACUCAUCCCACCUUGCGCUCACCCUGUCCAUCUCCUCCAAGUCUGCUGGGGACACUGGAAGAGAGAGGUGCUCAGCCCAUCCUGAUUGUCCAUUUUCUACCCCUUUUCCGCUUGUCUGUGCAAGUGUUUGUGUGUGUGUGUGUGUAUGUUGAAUCUCCCUAUGUCAGAAUACUUGGAACCAGAUGUAUCAGCACCCCAUCCAAACCCAGACCCCUCUGACUAUGGUCAUUUGCUUUAUCAUAUGUAAAUCCCCAUCUAUUCUUUGUCUACCUUCCUCAUAAAGCCUAGUUUUCCUUUGUUUUGUGGUCUUGAGGAAGGGGUUCUUAACUUCAGGUUCGAGAUCCCCAGAAUUAUUGUGUGUGCUUGUGUUUUUCUGGUAAGAGGGACUAGAGUGGGUUGCAAGAUUUUGGGAGUCUGACUCCCAAAGGUUAAGAACCACCUGUCUGGGAAUAUGGCUCCAGCUAUUUCCUCAUCCAAAGCCAGGCUAAGAACCCCUUGGCAAAUGGAAGAGUCUCCCCUAAUUAUCCCCUUCCCCAGGAUGUGGGGGCUCAAGGUUUUGCUGCUGCCCAUGGUGAGUUUUGCUCUAUACCCAGAGGAGAUACUGGACACCCAAUGGGAACUGUGGAAGAAGACCUACAGGAAGCAGUAUAACAGCAAGGUGGAUGAAAUUUCUCGGCGUUUAAUUUGGGAAAAAAACCUGAAGCAUAUUUCCAUCCAUAAUCUUGAGGCCUCUCUUGGUGUCCAUACAUAUGAACUGGCCAUGAACCACUUGGGGGACAUGACCAGUGAAGAGGUGGUUCAGAAGAUGACUGGACUCAAAGUACCCCCCUCUCAUACUCGCAGUAAUGACACCCUCUAUAUCCCCGACUGGGAAGGCAGAGCCCCAGACUCCAUUGAUUAUCGAAAGAAGGGAUAUGUUACUCCUGUCAAAAACCAGGGUCAGUGUGGUUCCUGUUGGGCUUUUAGCUCUGUGGGUGCCCUGGAGGGUCAGCUCAAGAAGAAAACUGGCAAACUCUUAAAUCUGAGUCCCCAGAACCUGGUGGAUUGCGUAUCUGAGAAUGAUGGCUGCGGAGGGGGCUACAUGACAAAUGCCUUCCAGUAUGUGCAGAAGAACCGGGGCAUUGACUCUGAAGAUGCCUACCCAUAUGUGGGACAGGAUGAAAGUUGUAUGUACAAUCCAACAGGCAAGGCAGCUAAGUGCAGAGGGUACAGAGAGAUCCCUCAGGGGAAUGAGAAAGCCCUGAAGAGGGCAGUGGCCCGAGUGGGACCUGUCUCUGUGGCCAUUGAUGCAAGCCUGACCUCCUUCCAGUUUUACAGCAAAGGUGUGUAUUAUGAUGAAAACUGCAAUAGUGAUAAUCUGAACCAUGCGGUUUUGGCGGUGGGCUAUGGGAUCCAGAAGGGAAACAAGCACUGGAUAAUUAAAAACAGCUGGGGAGAAAACUGGGGAAACAAAGGCUAUAUCCUCAUGGCUCGGAAUAAGAACAACGCUUGUGGCAUUGCCAACAUGGCCAGCUUCCCCAAGAUGUGACUUCAGCCAGCCAACCCCGUCCUGCUCUCCCAUUCCUUCCACGAUGGUGCAAGUGCUGAUGUACUUUGGAAGGGAGUUGGUGUGCCUUUCUUGAAGCAGAUGUUGUGAUACAGAGAUUGUCCAUUCCGUUUCCCCAUUUGUUUGUGCUUCAAGUGACACUCUUACUACUUUCCUUCUCUCCACCCAAGGCCUUUAUUUUUCACUGUGGCCACAGUAGGAAUUUCCCUAACAGGUGUGCUUUCUCAGGCUAAGAGAUGUGACCAGAGCCUGCCCUGACUGUGUUGUCCUGGGGCUGAUUCUAUGCAAAGAGUUAGAGGCUAGAGAUCUUCAGAUAGGCUAGAUUCUCCUUCACAGCGACUAGUUAGCUUUAACCAUUCUAGAGGACUAAGGUGUCCCGACUUCUCAGUCUCCAAGUUCACUUCUUCUAUAUCCUCAAGAUAGAAAUUUCUAUGUUUUUCACCCCAAUUCAUAAAUCUAUUCAUAAAUCUUUGGUACAAGUUUACAUGAUAUAAGAAAUGUGUUUUAUUUUUCCUUCUUUGCAUUUUUAAAGUAAACCAAGUAUUUAUCUCAUGUCUAUAAUUUAAUAAAUAGCUAUAUAGUAAGCAUUCAUUUUGUGUCAGAUACUGUGCUAGGUGCUGGAGACAGAAAGAUGAAUAAUGCAUAUUCCUUAUAUGUGACGUGCUUACAGUUUGUUUGGAGAGACUGUCACAUAAACACUUCAUCCCUAAUUCAUUUAUUUGUUCAUUCCUACCACCAACAUUUAUUAAGUGCUUAACUGUACUAAGAACUAUACUAAAUUUCAGGAAUUAAAUGGAUACAAGGAGACUUCAAUAUUUAAUUCUAUCUGUAGGGGGACCAGAUUAAGUGACACAUGAACCUGGGUCUUGAGAAAUAUCUUAAGGACCUUUCUGAGGUUCUAGAACCUUAACUUUUGCUGUCAGCAAAAGAGGAAAUCAAAAUUCUUUAUAAUGGUUUCCAAGAAGUAUUAAUUCUAAAGAACUUAGCUGUUGGAACCGGCCUGGUGGCGCAGUGAUUAAGUUCACACAUUCUGCUUUGGCGGCCCAGGGUUUGCUAGUUCGGAUCCCGGUUGCGGACAUGGCACUGCUUGGCACGCCAUGCUGUGGUAGGCGUCCCACAUAUAAAGUAGAGGAAGAUGGGCAUGGAUGUUAGCUCAGGGCCAGUCUUCCUCAGCAAAAAAAAAAAAAAAAAAAAAAAAGAACUUAGCUGUCUAAUAAUAAAUCAGCACAACUGGUUUUGCCAUUUUUUCACAAAAUGUUUAUUGAGCACCUAUUAUUACCACUUGGAAGAGUUCACAUUUAUUAAAUGCUUACUGUAUGUCAGGCACUAUUUUAUUUCGUUCUAUGCAAAAAUUACUUAUUUUGUGAGUAAAUCUUUAUUAACAUGUGGUAAGUAGUGUAUUUAAGGCUAAGAGGACGAAACAAAUUAGUAAGACAUGGCCCUGACUUCAGGAAUGUAAUAGACUAGUAACAGACAUAUAAACAACUAAUAAUACCAACCAUAAUGAAAUAAAUACUAAUUAUGCAAGCUC